AUGGCCAUUGUGCAAAACGGCGUUCGAGGUGCAGAAAUUGAAGAAAAAAAGAGUGUUCGUGGUCAGGGAACGAUUCUUCUCCUCGACGAAGAUAACUUUACAGAAGCUGUCCAGGAGCACAAUGCCCCUUGGUGCUCAGUUUCCAGAGGAUUCCUCAAAGAUUUCAUCAAAGCAGCUGCGAUUUUACAGAGAGAGAAAUCUUCGCCCGUGGCGGCGGCCACAGUGAACAUGAGGGAAGAAAAACGGCUCGUGGGCAGAUUUACGCUCCCAAACUUUCCCAUAAUAAGAUUUUAUCACAAUGGCAAAGCGACUCGAUAUCCAGUCAUCGAUAAGACGAGAAAAAUGCUCUUGGACUGGUAUAUGCACAAAGAUACUUUGAGAAUACAAGCUCUCAAGUGGCCGAAAACUUCCAAAAUCCUUCAUAACACUGAGCCUGUACUUCACCAAAGCUGCACCGAGCGCUCUCUCUUGAUUAUCAAAGCAUCUGUUCGUGCUCAUUCUCAUUUAGAUGUCGCACCACAACGAUUGCAAGACAAUCUGUUUUUGUGGAAAAUGACUUUGAUCAUGAGCAAUCGAUACACUCGACGUCGCAGCAUUAGUGUCAUGAUUCCUGCCGAAAACUUGGCUGUUCUGAGAGCAGAGAAGCCAGAAUUUGCAGGCAAAGAAUGGGGAUUAGCAGGGUCAGAGGUAACAAGGAAACUUGAAAAAGGUGUAGCGUUGUACCAACCCACCACAUUCCCAAAUUGGGAGCAAGUUUUGCUCGUGUGUCAAGCCGACCAAGGAGUAUUGAAUCUAUACUCGUCACAAGGAGCCGCAGGAAAGCCUCCCAGAAAUUCUGCGGACAUACGGCCUUCAUUUGGCACAGACCAAUUCUUUGGAUGGGAGCGGAGUAAAACGGUGAGACUGGACUGCGUGUACGACAUCCGAACAGGAGUGAGUUCCGACGAUUGGCACAACUGGCUGGACCAAUAUUACCCGCAAAGCCAGCGUUACGAUGAGUUGACUGCCGGAGACCCCGUCAAACACCCGCGGGUCGUCGAGGAAAAUGCCCUGGCCAUCAUGUGGGAACCCAUGGAAAUGGGUGACUCCCCAUCACUGAGUCUCAUGGCCCCCAGCAAAGCUGUCGCUGAUGCAGUCAUCACCGCUGUUUUCAUAUUUGUUCGCCAGAGCGAGGAAAAACUCAAGUCCAAACACAACGUCGAGUUGAAGGGUUGGCUUCGAGUUUGGUGGAGGGAAGCGGACAGAAACAGCGCAGGAUCUCUUGACAUUAAGAAGCUUUGGCAUUUUCUACGUCGUCGGAACCUGGCCCCUCCAUUAGACGAAACUAUGCGCAAAUUCCAGCUGGUGAACUUGUCUGCGAAUGUGGAGAUGGGAAAUCAGAGCUUGAAUCCCGCGGAAUUCUUGCUGCUCAUGAGAGUCUUAUUCGAGCGGAACGAAAUAUCCGCAAUUUACGACAUGAACAGCAGUGGAUUCGUGAUGACCGUGGACGAAGUCCGGAAAUUCAUGGUGAAACAAGGCAACAUUGAUGCAACGCAAGAAGAUGCUUUGGCUCGAAUUCGGGAAUGGGAUAUUCACUCCAGUCAAGAAACUUCAAACAAGCUUCAAGAACCUUGCAUGUCUCAAGAAGGCGAGAUUUUUCUUGUGAAUUUUAAAAGCGUUUUCCGAUUUCGACUAUGGUUCUCCUCGGACGAAUUUUCAGUAAUUCCAGGAGGCAGAGAAGAGGAGGAAGAGGAAGAAAUGGGCUACGAUCAGCCCAUGUUCCAUUACAAUAUCCAAGGAGCUUUGAACAGGCAGCCCAUCUACCACCUGGUGGACGAAAGACAAAACACCCAAGAAGUCUACGUUUUCGAACUCAUGCGCGGUUCAAAGUUCCUCGUUCUGGAUGUCUGGGAUGGGGGCAAUGGUAAGCCCAGAGUGUUCCAUGAUGUCCGAAUGAAGAGUGGGAUCCGUUUCUACGACUUGAUCAAUGGGGUCAUCAGAACACAUGCCUUCCAAGCAUCAGAUUUACCCUUUUGGCUCAUGUUGGAAAUGCAUUGCAGCCAUGCUCAACAGGUUCUUGUGGCUGAGGCACUUGAAAAACUCUUGGGCUCCAAGAUUUGGAGGCCAAAAGGUCCCUGGACCCAAGAGAGGAUAUCAGAAUUCACCCCGAAUAAUUUGAGAGGAAAGAUCAUCCUUCUGCGGCAGGUUGCCUGUGCGGCAAGAAAUGACAGCGGCAAGUUAUUUCUGCGGCAAGCUAUGACAGCGGCAAGUCAUAAGGGGUGCGGCGAGUUCCAAGUGAGGCAAGUUCAAGAGCGAUUGAUGAUUUCCACGAAUAAGGUCAAAGGGAAUGGUCUCAAGACUCCGAGCAAAAAACUUGAUCACACGUCGAUUAUGAAAACGUGCGAAUUCUACUCAAAGGACAGCCCAGAAGAUCUUUCGCCAGAAUUGCAAAACUUGAUUUCGUUGAAAAUAAACACGGAAGCGCAGGAGGGAAUAUUUGCGGAAAAUCCUGAAUUCAAAGAGGAAUUGAUCGUGAAUGUUUUUGAUGAAAUCGAUGCAGCAAAGCUGAUGCUGGGAAACGAAAGGGCGAAUUCCAUUAGUUUUCAUGCGAGACAUUUGACAGUCGUUCGACCGUCGGUCCGCAGACAAGAUGAAACCAACCCUGAUCCAAUGGCAUUUUGGUUGGCUGGUAUUCAAGUUGGAUUUCGACUAUGGUUCUCCUCGGACGAAUUUUCAGUAAUUCCAGGAGGCAGAGAAGAGGAGGAAGAGGAAGAAAUGGGCUACGAUCAGCCCAUGUUCCAUUACAAUAUCCAAGGAGCUUUGAACAGGCAGCCCAUCUACCACCUGGUGGACGAAAGACAAAACACCCAAGAAGUCUACGUUUUCGAACUCAUGCGCGGUUCAAAGUUCCUCGUUCUGGAUGUCUGGGAUGGGGGCAAUGGUAAGCCCAGAGUGUUCCAUGAUGUCCGAAUGAAGAGUGGGAUCCGUUUCUACGACUUGAUCAAUGGGGUCAUUCGAACACAUGCCUUCCAAGCAUCAGAUUUACCCUUUUGGCUCAUGUUGGAAAUGCAUUGCAGCCAUGCUCAACAGGUUCUUGUGGCUGAGGCACUCGAAAAACUCUUGGGCUCCAAGAUUUGGAGGCCAAAAGGUCCCUGGACCCAAGAGAGGAUAUCAGAAUUCACCCCGAAUAAUUUGAGAGGAAAGAUCAUCCUUCUGAGAUCGAUGAUUUCCACGAAGGUCAAAGGGAAUGGUCUCAAGACUCCGAGCAAAAAACUUGAUCACACGUCGAUUAUGAAAACGUGCGAAUUCUACUCAAAGGACAGCCCAGAAGAUCUUUCGCCAGAAUUGCAAAACUUAAUUUCGUUGAAAAUAAACACGGAAGCGCAGGAGGGAAUAUUCGCGGAAAAUCCUGAAUUCAAAGAGGAAUUGAUCGUGAAUGUUUUUGAUGAAAUCGAUGCAGCAAAGCUGAUGCUGGGAAACGAAAGGGCGAAUUCCAUUAGUUUUCAUGCGAGACAUUUGACAGUCGUUCGACCGUCGGUCCGCAGACAAGAUGAAACCAACCCUGAUCCAAUGGCAUUUUGGUUGGCUGGUAUUCAAGUUGUCACACUGGACCUUCAGAUCGGGGGUUAUGGAGGCAUGUUGAACCGCUCAUUCUACAGAAGGAAAGGACUGACGGGUUACAGGCUGAAACCCAAUUUCAUGAGGAUCCCCAACAAGCAAAGGUUUCUUGAGUUGCUCAAUUUCCCAUUUGUUCACUUGUCGUCCGGAGAAAUGAGAGAUAUUCAUGACAAACAAAAGCUGUUGAGUCUGGGAAAAAGCAGGCCGCCUAUGAAGGUGAGUCUGACGAUAAUAAGCGGCGUGAUGCUUCCUCGCGGCGCCAUGAAGCCGCCUGAUUUCAUCAAGGGCGGCAUGUCGCCGUUCGUCAUCAUUCGGGCCAUUGGCCACCCCAGGGACGCCCAACAGCGCUUCGUCACGUCACCCGGUUCUGGAGGUUUGAAUCCAAUUUGGCACGAGAAAUUCGAACUGCGUUUCUAUAUGCCCGAGUUAGCAUUCAUCAGCUUCCUGGUGAAGACUAAAGACCAAGGGACGGACGGCCGAGGCCAGAAAAACACAGCAAAAGUCAGAGGACUCUGCUAUACCAUCAAAUCUUUGCUUUCCAUGGCUCUGGGUUAUCGACACGUCCAAAUGCUGAAUGCAGACGGGACAUCGGCUGCUCCUGCUACACUUUUGAUUCACAUUGAACGAACGCCUUUUGAGCAAAAAAACUAACGAAAACUCGCCUGAAAUCCACUUAAUCAUCUGCUGUCGCGAGAGCGUUGCAACGAAACUUUCAAAAAAAGAAGUUCUUUGAUUUCAAAAGAAAACACUGGCGUUCUUGUUGGUGAAAAAUACUCCACGAAAAAAGGAGAAACCGAAAAGUAAUCAUCUGAAAUGAGCCAGAAACUUUUUGAAUUGUUAUAUACGGAGAAACAUUCGUCAUGCUUCGUUGAAUUCGUGCUUUUAUGCGUUGCUCAGCUGAAAAAUAAAUAAAUAAAAUAUAGGAA